AUGGCUAAAGGCAUAACUCCAACCCUCCCUGCCUUCUUCAUCGCAGUUUUUUUAGUCAUCACAACAACCGCUACCACCUACACAACCACCACCAUCACCACCACCACAAACAACGAAACACCGAUCAACAGCAAAUGCAAGAUAGAGAGGGGAGAGAUCAAAGACUGCUUGAUUUAUUUAUCACCGGAAGGUGAUUUCUUUUUGGACGAGUGCUGCUCACAGUUAGAAGAAUUCAAGUCCGAGUGCCAAUGCAAGGCACUGAAAGAAGUUGUGUGGCAAAUAGAACACCAGAGGAAAAGUGAUGGAUAUGGAAUGACGCCUGAAGAAAAGAAGCAGAUACAGGAAAUUGCACAGGAUCUUCCCAGGCGGUGCUACUUGGAUUUUUCUGGUUCCUGCACGAUUAUGCCAGAUCAACCUGCAGCUACUUAUUAA